AUGGCAAUUACCGCAAUUCUACAGGACGUUCCUAUGAAGCAGAGUGGAACUGUAUUCUUCUUGAGAGAUAUAAAAGCUUCUUCCCAGCCCGUGAGGCGACUUAAUGCAUACCGCGCCAUCUAUACACAGGGCAGACAAUGGCUAGAUGCCAACCUGUCAGGUGUGGGAUAUGCCCAUGAACGAAUUGAGUCAUCAACUCUCGUUCCCCUUUCUCCCGAGGAUCAAUAUGACGACUGCAUGAUUGCCGUACUCCGCUCUGAGACGGAAUGCUAUGGAGGUCAUCGAGGCAUUCAUCUGGAAAACAUUAUUUCGAUAUCUGCCUGGGCUUACUCCCGGGACGAAUAUUGGAAUGAGUACCAGAAAGGAAUAGAAGUGGAGUACGAGGGUCCAUUUUCUGGCUCUACUAUCUACAGACUGGGAGAAUGCGGUCCCGGCUCAAAAAUUCAGAAAAAUAAGAUGCACCGCAUCGAUGGCCUAGGCGGAGAGCAUAUCACGAAAGUUGAUAGGUGGGCAACAGAAUUUAAGAAGGGUUACAUUGUCUUUACCAAUUGGGGCAAUGAAAUGAAAUUUACAGAAAACGGUGAACCUGAACCUGAACCUGGACAUGAAAUGCGCGAGGCGCAUUUUGAAUUAGGAUCCAGAGGUAUGGGACGCCUCGGAUUCAUCACAAAGAAAAUAGGUGUAUCUGAAAGCGCAGCACGUAUUUCACAGAACCUCUCCACUCAUGUGAUUCGCAAAAGGAAAUAUCUUCAAGGAGCGAAGGGCUCUCCAAAUGAAAAAAGCCCUCAGAGUGAUUUUCCAAAUAAUGAUUGUUUUUGGCUUACGGUUAGCAACAACUUUGAUCAACAAAAGUCGUAG